AUGGGAGUUAUCCAAAGCAAAAAUUACAUCUUGCUUGGUUAUUGCAAUAUUUCCAAGGACAAUUUUCCUCAUUCCGAAAUCGAUUUAGUUUUAUUCGUUGAUUUAUUCCUUUCAGAGAGAAAAGAAGUGAUUCCACUUGGACAAAAUUGUCUCGAAGAAAAUUUUCAGUCGUUCCAGAUAACAGAUAGCAAAACGACAAACAAGACUUUCUUACAAGAGAGAAAAGAAGUGAUUCCGCUUGGACAAAAUUGUCUCGAAGAAAAUUUUCAGUCGACGACAAACAAGACUUCUUUCUUACUAGAAAGAAAAGAAGUGAUUCCUUUGGAAUCAAAUCAACUACAGCAACUUAAGAUGGAAAACAAUAAAUUCCAGAUUAUUGGCAAAGCAAGAUUUUCCUCUGAAAAUUAUUUCAGGAGACUGGGAAGAAAAAAAAAUCACGAUGAUGACGAUCAGAAGGGAAGGAACUCAAGCAAUGGACAAUUCAGCCACAUGAUAGCGAGAGAAAAGAAGUUAUUCCACUGGAACAAAAUCAACUACAGCAACUUAAGAUGGAAAACAAUAAAUUCCAGAUAAUCAGCAGAGCAAAACUUUCCAUAAAAAAUUAUCUCAGGGUGCCUUGCAACGUAACAAAGGACUGGGAAGAAAAAAUAUCAAGAUGAUGACGAUCAGAGGAGAAGGAAAUACUUCAGCAAUGGACAAUUCAGAUGAAUAAUUUGAAAAUUGUGACGAUUAGGAAGAUGAAGAUGUAGAGAAAGUGAGAGAAAAGAAGUAUUUCCACUUGGACAAAAUUAUCUGGAAGAAAAUUUUUAUCGGCUUCAAUGGUAACAGAUAGCAAGAUGACAAGAUUUUUUACUAGGGCUGGUCUACUAUGAAGCCCUGCUAUCUAACGGACAAUUCUGGAAGGC